AUGGCCACUACCGGUCAAAGUGACGACACAGAACGACUUGCGCAAUUGACUCAACCCAACGAGUCGUUUGCUUUGCAACGAACGACUACUGAUCCGUAUAGAGGCGACUUGAUCAGCGACGACAGCGACGAGAAUUCCACGCCGACGAGGGCGUCGUCCAGUCACGAUGCUGGCCUUAGCACCUCGCUGUCACGAUCAGUGUCAAGAUCGAACCGGAGACGAAGGACGCAAACUGUGCUCUCAAGAAUAAGAAGCAGACCUCCUGUGGGCAAUUUCACGCAUCCGCUCGAGCAUGAGAAGACAACGAUUGAGGAGUUGGUGGAUUUUGACGGGCCCGCCGACCCUUACCACCCAGUGAACUGGCCACUCCACAAAAAGGGCACGACCACUUUGCUCUAUGCCCUCACUACCAUGACCGCAGCCUACGCGUCCGCCACCAUCAGCGCUGGCACGAACCAAAUCUCACAGGAGUUCCACAUCGGCUCACAGACCGCCACGCUCGCAACUUCGCUCUUCCUUGUUGGCUUCGGCAUCGGCCCGUUACUUUGGGGGCCACUCUCCGAAGUCUACGGACGCAAGAUGGCCGUCCUUCCUCCUGUGUUUGUGGCUGCUUGCAUGACCUUUGGGACUGCGGUCGCUAAGGACGUGCAGACGUUGAUGAUCACACGCUUCUUCGCCGGCUUUUUCAACUCCGCGCCCGUCACCAAUACAGGCGGCGUGCUAGCCGACCUGUUUCCGCCGUCACAGCGCGGAAUCGCCAUAGCGAGCUACAGCAUAGCGGUCGUGACAGGUCCUGCGAUCGGGCCCCUUAUCGGGGCGGCCUUCGUCUCCAAUGCGUCCCUCGGCUGGCGUUGGACCGAGUAUUUCUCUGCAAUCCUCACGCUGGCUGUCCUUCUGCUGGACGUCAUAUUCUGCGACGAGACGUACCCGCCCAAACUGCUAGUAUACAAGGCGCGCAAGCUGCGCAUCGCGUCAGGCAACUGGGCACUGCACGCAAAGUUCGAGGAGUGGGACAUUUCGUUGACGGAGCUUGCGCAUAAGUACCUGGUGCGGCCGAUUCAAAUCAUUACCACGCCCAUCGGGUUCUCGAUAUGCUUGUAUGCGAGCUUCUGCUACGGGAUCUUGUACAUGAAUCUGGGCGCCAUACCAAUCAUCUUUGGAGAGAAGCGCCACUGGACGCCCGUCACCUCUUCCCUACCGUUUCUGGGCAUGCUCGUCGGCGCGUGCAUAGCUGGAGGUAUUAACACUCUCAAUCAGAUGUAUUAUAACCGUCGCGUCGCCCCUGGGACAAUCAACCCAGAACUGCGCCUCCUUCCGAUGAUGGGCGGCUCCGUCGCUUUUGCGGGGGGGCUGUUCAUUGUGGGCUGGUGCGGCCCGCCCGAAAAUGCACCGGCUGUCGCACCCAUACUUGGUAUUGGUCUCGUGGGUGUUGGUUUCUCAACCAUCUUUCAGAGCGCGAUCAACUACCUCGUGGAUACCUUCACGAAAUACGGCGCAAGUGCGGUGGCGGCGAAUACAUUUCUGAGGAGUUGCUUCGCGGCGGGUUUCCCGUUGACGGUGACACCAUUGUAUCAUAACGUUGGGGUGCCUUGGGGCACGAGCAUAUUUGGGUUUUUUGCGAUGGCGCUCAUUCCGGUACCGUUCUUGCUAUAUAAGUUUGGGGAGAGGCUAAGAGGGAGGAGUAAGUGGAGUCGGGACAGUGUGGCAAAGAGCAGAACGCGGGCUAGGGAUAUGCAGAAGGAGCUGACUGGCGGGAGAGAGAGAGAGAAGGUCGAAGCGUGA